GCCAAAACAUAAGACGCCAACAUUAAAGCCAAAUUAUUCUAUUAACAAUUGAAAACAAAGCACUAAAGAAAUCAAAGUUUCGAAAGCAUCAAUGAUUAAACCAAAGGAAUAUGCACCAACAAGAAAAAAAAAAUUAAGCAAAAGAAUCAAUAAUCAAACCAGAAGAAGGUCGACAUUCACGACGGCGAUCGCAAACUCGAGCAUCUCAACAAGAACAGAAUCAAUCGCAUCUUUCAACCAAAUCGAACCACCAGAAACAUACACAGACUACUAAUCAAUCAAUCAACCAAAGUUACCAAAUCCAUGUCGGUCUCCAGUCUCUUCAACUUCACAAACUUCCUCCUCCUCUCCAUCCUCGCUCUCUACUUCUCCAAUGGCUUUCCGAACAUCUUCAAUCCCCAGCCGAACCAGACAAACCUCGUGAUAUACGUGCACGACUACUUCACCGGAGAAGACGCAUCGGCGAUCGCAGUCGGCGGGAGAAAAGGACCGGAAUCGAGCGUUCUGGAGUUCGGAACCCUAAUAGUGGUCGACGAUCCGGUGACGGAAGGGCCGAGGAUCGAGUCGAGAGAGAUCGGGAGAGCUCAAGGUAUGUAUAUAAACUCUCAAUCGGACGGGAAAGGGCUGUAUAUGGUGUUCUCGGUGGUUUUCAGCGGCGGGGAGUUCAGCGGGAGUAGCUUGGAGAUUCAGGGCCCCGAUUUGUUCACUAUGAAGGAAAGGGAAUUUGGAGUGGUUUCGGGAACCGGUUUUUUCCGGUUCGUUAAGGGCUUUGGGAUUAUGCAAACCGAAAGUAUGGAUUUGGUUAAUUUGAGAGCUGUUAUUAAGCUCAAUAUUACGGUCAAGCACUACUGAUUUUUAUUUUUUAUUUUAUUUUCUUGUUUUUGUGAGUACGAAGCUCGAGGUUAAAUGUAGACAUGUAAAUUUGAAUUUUAACUCAAAGGGAGGAAUAUUUGCGUUUUAGCUA